CAAUUCCUUGAAAGAAAAAUGGUCGCUCACGGAGAUGACUCCUCGAGUUGUUGAGGAAGAACAGAGGAUCAUGAAACAGGCAAAGGACCAGGCUUUCCAUGUUGGCUCUUCCAAGAGAAAGCAUGACGGCCAGGCAUCUUCCUCAAAGGCCCCAAAGAAGCAAUUCAUCCACAAUGAUACUCAGGCUGCUCCAAAGGGCAAGGGCCAGGCCGCCAACACCUCUGCUGAAGAUGUGAAGAAUACUUGCCAUUUUUGCAAGGAGGUAGGACAUUUCCGAAAGAAUUGCCUUGGAUUUCUCAAGUGGAUGAUGAAGAGAGGGAUUAAGUUUGAUCCGCACCAUAAAGGCAAGAACAAGAAACAUUAAAGUCGCCAAUGGGAAGGAAGCCGAUGUUGAAGCCGUGGGGACUCUCACAUGGGAGCUACACACCGGCUUUCAUCUACAUUUGAAUAAUGUCCUUUACGUACCUACAUUGAGUAGGAAUUUAAUUUCGGUUUCUUGCUUAGACGAUAUUUCUAUUGCAUGUUUGUUUGGAAAUCAACAAUGCGUUAUCAAACAUUGUAAUAAUGACGUUGGCCUCGGUGUCAGACGAGG